AUUAAUAUUACAGAUGCAUAUGACAUCAAAAUGAUAUCCCCUUCGAACCUAUGUAUAAUGUAUAUUGUAUACGACCGUGAUCAUCGUAAUUAAUUCUUUGCAACAAAUAUUGACAUAUUUAAUAAAAUGGCAUUAACAAGGAAAGAAAUAGAUGAAAUGAAACCACAAAUCGAAAAAGCAGUACAUAAAUUUCUCGGUUUUGGAGAACCUGCUAUUGUUACCACGGCUGUCAAUUGUAUGACUUCAGGUUAUGAUAAACGCAAAACGGCAGAUAAAUUAUCUGCUUUAUUGGAAGACAAGAAAGCUUUAAAAUUGACGGAAAAAAUAUUCACAAUAUAUGAUGAUGCCAAAGCAGCGCAGAAAAGUAAAAAACGAAAUCAUGUGGAAGAUAAGGAUAAGGACAAAGAUGCAAAGAAACCUAGAUUUAAGGAUGAUGAAGUCAAAAAUGAAAAAACAACAGAAGCACAACUAUCUGCAGAUAAGAUAAAACAAAUGAUGGCAAAUGCCCAAAGAGAAAUCGAGGAAAGGAAAAGAGCAUUGAAAGCUAUAAAACAAGAAGAAGUUGCCCCAGUAAAACCUCUACUUAAAGCACGAGAUUCUUUACCAACAGUAGGAAGCAUGUAUAAUCAAGGUUUAUUAAGUAAGACAGACUCCGACAAAGCAAGAAAAAUUGCUGCUUUGCAAGCACAAAUUAGAAGUAAACUAAGCUCCGGAUUACUUGGAAAUGUUAGUGUCCCAGAUAAACCAACUCCGCUAAUUUUGGAUGAAUCUGGCAGAACUGUAGAUAUAACCGGCAAGGAAGUGCAACUCACACAAGUGGUACCAACAUUAAAAGCUAAUAUUCGAGCAAAAAAACGUGAAGAAUUUAAAGCCCAAUUGCAAGAAUCAAAAGGCCCAGAAGAAAUUCAAGACACCCACUUUUUUGAUAAUAGGAUAGGUGUCAAACCGGCAGUGCGAGGCAAACGGACACUCAAAUUUCACGAACCUGGAAAAUUCCAGCAAUUAGCAGAAAGAAUUCGUAUGAAAGCCCAAUUAGAAAAAUUACAAAAUGAGAUUAGUCAAAUUGCCAGAAAGACUGGUAUAAGUUCUGCAACUAAACUGGCACUAAUAGCGCCGAAAACAGAAGCUCUUAGUGAAGAUGUGCCUAAUGUAGAAUGGUGGGAUUCUGUUAUAUUAACAGGAGGAUAUCCGAACGAAGAUGAAUCUACUACCAUUAAAAGUUCUACUAUCACAAAUCUUGUAGAACAUCCCACGCAAAUGCGACCACCAACUGACCCUUUGAAACCAAUAUAUAUGCCUGUAUUUUUAACGAAAAAGGAACGCAAGAAAUUACGUAGGCAGAAUAGACGAGAAGCAUGGAAAGAAGAACAAGAGAAAAUACGAUUAGGUCUUGAACCUCCACCAGAACCAAAAUUACGAAUUUCGAAUCUUAUGCGAGUAUUAGGUACAGAAGCUGUACAAGAUCCUACGAAAAUAGAAGCUCAUGUCCGACAACAAAUGGCUAAAAGAUUAAAGGCACAUGAGGAUGCUAAUGCAGCUCGAAGACUUACUGCUGAUCAGCGACGAGAAAAGAAGGCAAGAAAAAUUAAAGAGGAUACCACGCUUGGUGUACAUGUAGCUGUUUAUAGAAUACGUGAUCUUUUAAAUAAUGCUUCGAAAAAGUUUAAAGUGGAAACAAACGCAAAGCAACUUUAUCUAACAGGCUGUGUAAUGCUCUUCCGAGAUUGCAAUGUUGUUGUUGUUGAAGGAGGAGCCAAACAAUUAAGUAAAUACAAACGACUAAUGAUGAACCGGAUUAAAUGGGAGGAAGAUAUUAUAAAAGAUAACGGAAAUGAUGUGCCGAACAAAUGUGUUCUUGUAUGGGAAGGUACUAGUAAACAACGUCAUUUUGGAGAAAUCAAAUUCAAAGUUUGCCCGAUUGAAAAAAUGGCGCGUGAACAUUUUAAGAAACAUCAAGUAGAACAUUAUUGGGACUUAGCAUAUAGUGGAGCAGUGCUUGAAAAUACAGACGAUGUUCAUUCUUAGAAACGGUUUUUAUAAUUACAGCAAUAAAUAUUAACACCAUAAUAUGAACGCAAUCAUAGAUAAUUUCAAUACAUUUUAAAUAAACAAUUAUCAUGGGAGCAAAAGAUAGCAAGAAAUGACUAAUGUAAACAGUGACACAUGGAGCGAAAAUAAAAGUGCUCAAAGCCUCUUUAAUAACA